UUUAAACGUGUUUAUGCUCAAAUGUCACAUGCAAAAAAGAGAGAUUCAAUUAGUUGAAAUACAUCAAGUAUAGAUCCACAUAAACAGUUUACAGCCCACCGAGACCCUGUUACGGGUUUGAACAAUCGCGCGUUGUAACUUCGCAGAGUAGCGUCCCUUUGAAUAGACAGCGUCACUCUGGUGACGCCUUCACUCGUCAUCGACGUUCGCUGAAUGAGCUCGCGCAAAGGACAUCGUCCCUGCUUUUGCUGCUGAUAUUUCAUCUUAUACAUCGCACGGACUUCUGAAACUCUUCAAAAUAGAAGAUUAUGUCAGGUCUUAAACUUGGUCUUGUCGCCUACCUGUCGACAUCAGCCAGUGGGGUACGGAAACUCCCGUCUACCAUCGCCGGACAUGCCGCCCAAAAGAUGUUUGAUACAAUGGAUACGCUGCCAGCUUUUGGACUGGGACAGCCCAGCAUCUUCGGGGAAGACGCAAUGGACACACAGCCCGCCACAGGACACAGUCAGUUCAGUAUAUUCUCGGACAAUGACAUGGACACUCUUCCUGCAACAGGACCUGCACAGUUUAGCAUCUUUGCCAAGCCUCCAAGCUGGAGGAACGUGACCGGUACUUUUGGUACCAUGAAUCUAAGCCACAUCCUGAAGACAGGGCACUGAAGCUCACCUUCAUAACUCAAGAUCAAGGUGGAUCUGGAGGGAUGGACCUUGCCACAGAUCCUUGGUCCACGGACUGGCGUAUAGGACCGAUACUUUGGCCGAUAGAUGAUCUUUGUGGGUAUACGACUGUACACCUCUUUAUCGAUUUUGAAAGAUGUGCUACUCAUUUUCAACGAGUGAAUGGAAUUGUGUGCUCGUUUGGGGUAAUUGUAGUGUCUGGCCAUGUCACGGGGGAUAACGUAGGAGGGAAUGUUGUGCAGGGAUGAGGCGAUUCGAGAAGUGUUGAUGGGUCAGGUUAUACAGGAAGGGUACACGAGGUCAGGACGGGGAAGUACAGCAUGUUGGGACGUGGAAGCAAAGAGUGUUUGGAUAACUUGGGAUAACAAGAGGGGAGAAAAUGUGACUGGAAGUGUGCAGCGUGUGUAACAGUGUUGGUAUGAAAGGAAGGUGAUAUCUAUGUAGGAGGGGGGUCUCUGACUGCCUUUGGAUAAUGAGUGAUUCCGUAAAAAAAUUAACAAAGCUGAACAUUCGGCGGAAGUAAUUAAAUAAAGUAAUUAAAAAAGUGAUCCUUUGGAGUAUUGCUGUUCCAUUAUAUGUCGUCAAUAUCAUAUCCUUUAUAUAAAUAUAUUGUAACUGGGUAUACGCGAUAUAGACAUAGCUGUAUGCAUAGAUUUCCUAUGAACUGUAAAUUUGUAUUUAUAGCAGUACAAGUAUUUGCUCUUGAGUAUACCAGUUUUAUUAC